GAUUAUAUAAUUAGAAGGCUUUUGUUAUGCUUGCAUUUCAAAUCAGUGAUUAGCAUGUGACAGUCCCAUCUUGGGAAACCACCAUUGCUCUCCUCUCUCUCCUUCCUUGCACAGUGCUAAUUCCCAACUCUAGCAACCACCAGUGCUGAAGGAUCUUCAGCUAGCCUGGGGGUUCAGAUCAGCUGACCCACCCCAGGGCUCACAUGUGGGCAGCUCUAAGCCAUGGGAUGUUCCCAGUGACCAGCCAGAGCCCUCCAGAGUGAGGACAGGAGUCCCUGCGAGGACGCACACCCCAUAGCAGCCAUGGACACAAACAAACACGAAGGAGGGACUGAAAGUGUGCCUGUGAGUACCCCUGCAACACAGAUUUCCCAGGACUCAAGCGCCUGAGUUUCCGGGGUGGCUCUCCGCUUACCACCAGUGCUCCUGUUUUGGACUCAGUUUAUAACCAGAUGUUAGGCCGAAUUUCUGUUGUAAAGUUGCAGGCAUUAGCCUCUGAGCUGAAGGCGGGUUUCACAGAAGCAAUGCAGGAGCUGUCACGCAUCCAGCAUGGAGAGUAUGCCCUGGAAGAGAAGGUCAAGAGCUGCCGCUGUGCCAUGGAAGAGAAGGUGGCUGAGAUGAAGAAUUCCCUCAACACGUUCAAGGAGGAGCUCAGCGAUGCAAAGUCAAUGAUUGAAGAAAUCAGUGCCAAGCAGGAGGAAAUGCAACAGAAAAUUGAGCAGCUGCAGCAAGAGAAGCGGCGGGAAUCACGGAAAAUGAAAGCUAAGAGAGCACAGAAGGAUGACCACGGGUCACAGACAGUGCCAACACCUCUCCAGGGCAGCCCGUUUAGAUCCAUCAACCUCCCAGAACCUGUGCUGAUUAAUGAAGAUUUUACGAGUCUUUUACACAACGUGACUUAUGAAAAAGUUUCUGACACCAGGAUCAUGCCCAUGGGAGAAGGAGGUGUGAAAGUCAUAGCAGGCCCAGGAGCAGCCAUAGAGACAGAUGACAGCCUCAAGCCUUCCCUGCCAACAGAGGGGCAGUCGAAAAUGCAUCUGCCAUCAACAGUGUGGAAGCAGCCCAAGGACACCAAGGACUGGGGAGAUGAAUACAUUUCCAAAGAGCAGCCAGAGAGAGGGAAAGACAUGGGCCAAAGCAGAUACAGCUCAGCAGACAACAUAAUAUGUGAACCCUCUUUGGCUGCCAAAAGGCAGAACAUUGCCUUGGAGCUGCUGGAGUCAGAAAGGAAGUACGUCAUCAACCUUUCCCUAAUCCUGAAGAUCAAGGCCACGCUGCAAGGGCCAGAUGUGAAAAGAAGCACCAAAGAGAGAAGCAGCUUUUUCCCCAACUCUUUGCGGUUCCUGGUGCAGCAGCAUGUGGAUUUGCUGCAUGCUCUCCAGGAGAGAGUCCUGAGCUGGCCACGACAAGGGAUCCUAGGAGACAUCUUCCUGAAGCUGACAAAUGAUGAGAAUAAUUUUCUGGACUACUACGUUGCUUACCUGAGGGAUCUGCCAGAAUGCAUCUCUCUGAUUCACGUGGUGAUCCUGAAGGAGGUAGAAGAAGAAAUCAAGUCUGAUCUCUACAUUCUGUUCUUUCAUAUAGUCCAGCGAAUCCCUGAAUACCUUAUUCAUCUACAGAAUGUCCUGAAGUUCACGGAGCAAGAGCACCCUGACUAUUACCUGCUGCUGGUGUGCGUGCAGCGCCUCCGGGUUUUCAUCUCACACUACAGCCUCCUCUUCCAGUGCAAUGAAGACCUGCUGAUACAGAAGAGGAAAAAGCUGAAGAACCCGACGAUGGAUUUCUCCUCCCUCAGGUCAUCCCUGGUGAAGCUGUACAAAGGUCUCACCUCCCAGUGUACAAGCCAGGAGGUUUCUCCAACACCCAGUGCAGCAUCAAUGCGGGACAGUGGGAUCCACACGGAAGAGGCCAUACAGUCAUUCCCAGCAGCACCUUCCUCUGGCACAACCACCCCACAUUUGAUGCCACAGAUGAAGAAACCCCAGCCGACAGUGAUGGAGAACAUCCAGGCUGUGAAGCCCCCUGACUGGGAGAUGGAAAGCAGAAAACAUGAGAGGCCAGAGAACAUCCUUGCCUCCUCUCAACUGACAGAGCAGGAACUCAAGGCCUUGACAGCCCCCUUGCAAUCCAUCCCUGAAAUGGAGUACGAAGCGCCACCGGCUGACGCGGUGGGGAACACCGAGAGAGCCAUCAGAACCUCUGUGGAACUGCUGCAGGAUGCCAGGAACUUUGCACCAAGCUACGAAGAGUUUGACUAUCCUGGAGAGGUUUUCACCAUGCCAGGCCCCUAUGAAGAUGACACCUUCCAAAACCUCGCUCUCUUUGAGAACUGCUCCCCGGCCUCUUCCGAAUCCAGCUUGGAUAUUUGCUUCCUUAGGCCUGUGAACUUCACCUCAGAACCAGAGAGGACAGACCAUGCCCUGCAGCCACUGCCUAAGAGCUGCACUCCCGUGAGCAGCAGCACCUACAAGCGUGAGAUGUUCCACAGCAAAGGGAAGCAGCUGAGCAGGUCCCUGAAGGAGCUGCCGCGGAGCGCGGAGGGCGUGAGCACCAGACUCUACAGCACGCGGAGCAGCAGUGGGAGCCGUCUGCAGCAGAAGCAGGACAGGAAUGUUCAGCCUCACAUGAUCUCAGCCUCAUCUCGAAGCUCCCAAAGGAGCUACUUCCCCCCACAGAGAGGAGCGGGUGAAAAACCGAGCUUUUUGGAAGAGCUCCAUGCAGAAGACAACACCAGGUUCUGCCAGAAGGAUGACAAUGAGCAAACAUCCUUCAGCGACCACAACCCGCGGCACGAGCCCAAGGGGGGGUUCCGGAGCUCCUUCCGCAAGCUCUUCAAAAAGAAAUAAGCAGCCCCAAGAAAGGCAGGCCACAGCCAAAGCACAGCAGUGCUUCCCCAGGUCCCCGAGGGUGGAGACAGACAGCAAGGCCCCAGGAUCCCCCUGACUGACACAGAGGGUGGAGGGUGGGGGAGAGGAGACUCUCACAACUGCCUUACAAAUGCAUCCUGCUCUUUCUAGCACAGGGCAGGGCCAGGCUAUGGGUUGCAGUGGAGCUUAACCAGCAGGUCCAAUAAGCACAGGAACUUGCUAGCUUUCAUCUCUACCUGACUGAACUUCCCUCAGUUUUGGAAAGCUUUGGCUGAACUCUAAUAUCUUCUCCUUCCCCUCAUCCCCCAAAACUGCUUGAUUUGCCAUACAUCUUUGCUCUUCCAAACUAAAGGCAGGUCUUAUUUGGCCUCAACCACAACAGAAAGGUUACCUUUGCAGCCUUGGCAUCCUGGCCAGAAGUCUAAAAUUCCCUUCUUUCCUCUACUUUCCAAAAAAAACACCAUAAAAGAUGCAUUCCAGGAGGCCAGCUCGCAUUACCCAGGUGGUUUGAGAAGGUCUAAGAAGCAUCAGCUGAAGCACCUGAGCAUUGCACUGCCUAGUCAGCAACAUCCUUUCUUUUGGACUUUUGGAUCACUCACCAAAAUCCUAUUUCAUCUUUUAUGUGAAUGCUGUUUUCCUGAAUUGUGUCCUGCUGUAGGAAUCACUGAUUCUGCUCUCAGAAUCACCUGUGUCUCCAGGCAGGUGAUGCAGGCUGGGCCCAGGGCCUGCCACAAGACUCUUCUCCACCUUAUCCCCAGUGUGGAUCAGUGCAGACACUGGUAGUGCUAAACAGUGUCCUGGCUCUUGGUCUGUAACACACCUGGAAUACACUUUGCUAGCUCUUUAGCCUGACAGCCUCAAGAGCCCCAUCAUGUGCAGCUUUGGAAAGGUUCUUCAAGCUAAAAACUGAGGCACUAGGGCAGGAAAGUUGAUGGUGCACCACGUUCAGAGCCAUAGCCCUCCUUCUUGUGCAAGGACAGAUCAUUGAGGCCAGGCACAGGCCACCCAUCCUCCCUGGAUGUGACAAACCCUCAGUACCUGAUCUCUGCAGAAGACUGAGAGAAGCUCUGCUGUGAUACCUGUGUCACACACCGGCAGCGAGAGCACCACUGGCUCAGUGGGUUACCAGUGCAGUACUGAUGAGCUCUGGUGUCACCUGAAGCUGGGACCUUUUGAGGGCAGUUUCAAGAGCAACUGUGGUUUUAUCACCUUGUUUUGACACACCUGGGACACUGGUCUGUCUAAAGGACAGCUUCACCUUAAGAAGUUGUGAACUGUCUCCAUGGGGCCAGCAGCAAUGCCUUGGGGGAAAAUACUGUGAGACCGGCUUGGGACUCCCCGAAUGAGUGCAAGGGUGGUUGGUUUUGGGGCCAAGGGAAGAGCACCCACCAUGCUGCAUGGCUCUCCUGGCCAUGGCAGCAGGACAGGGAGCCCAGAGCAGGUGACCGUGGCUGCAGUGGCCAAUAUCUGCUGCAGAUGCAGGGCCCACAGCUCUCCAGUGUUGGCUGACCUGCACCUACUACUUGCUUUUCCUCCUCUGCUGGAGGCAGAGGGGUGUGUGUGAAAAGGGCUAUCCAGACAGACAAAACCCAUCCUUUACUUCAAUCAAGGUUUUCCCAACAUUUCAAGAAUGUGACCAAGCAAAACUCCAAAGAUAAAAACGUUUUAGCUGGUCCCUCUCUCAUAGAUUUUAAUGAAACAAAUAUCCACUUCUCCUCCUUACAAAAGGGAAAGAAGUACCAUACUUUCCUCCCCUAGCUUUUGAAAACUACUCUGGGAAGAUUUUUUUUAAUGUAAGGCUUUUAAUGGCAAAAAAAAUACCCUUCCAUCUCCUUCCCUUUCCCUCACAUCCUCAUAAAACGACAAAUUCCAUGUCCUUUUCCAGUUAGGAUUGCUUCAUGCUGACCAGCCACUGAAUCACAAAGACAAUUCCUAGGACUUGGCAGCUUUUAGUCAGACUGUGCAGGGCCAGGAUAGAAAUUAUGUAAGAAGAACCCGAUACUUGUAACUGAAGCAUCAGCAAGGCCUGUUUGUUCUGCACAGGAAUCAGCCACAGACAGAAGUGUUUGUCCAUGGAACCAGAGAUGUAUCAUUAUGGACAAGUGUCCAUUGUAAUGCACUGAUCCUGUCAAGGGCUCUGAUUCUUGUGGUUUUGGUCUCAUGUAUGUAAUGACACUUUAAUCCUUUACAAAACAAACCUGCUUUUCAUAUUUGCCAAGCAAAAUACCAGGACAGAAACAGGACAAAUGAAAAAACCUACCUGCUAACAUCUCCUGGGUGAGAAAAUCCUUCCAAAGUGGCAGACCCUUGCUUGUAAAAUGCAUGUGGAUUUCAGCUUCUGUUCUAGUGAUUUAAGGCACAGUCAGAACUGAUGGUUAUUUCUUUUUGAUUCUCUAUGAGUUCUUAUUUCCAGGACUAUGCUUACCACUUGAGAUGUCCUUGUACCUGCUCAGAAUCUGCAAAUGUAAAUAGUAUGAAUGAAUGAUGCUCAGCACCACACACACACAACCUGUGGCAGGGUCCAUUUCAAAUCCAUCUGUAGUGUACAUGUGUGCUCUGGAUUAUUUUUCUUCCUUUGCCAAAUAAACAUUGCCUUUAAAUAAUGCCGUUGCCUCUUGCACUGAAUCAGUCAGAAGGUUGCAUCCAAUAAAAGAAGAAACAGGUGUUUCUCUGGUCCCUUUCUGAGGCAACAUUACUUACACAAUCCUCUAUCCCUACAAGUCCAGCCAUGCAAGCAGACUGUUUCCUACACGAAGUUCUAAGGCUCUUAUUCAGAACCCAGCAGAUUCACUCUCAAGGCUUCUGGUCAAGAUCCUGUUGUUGGUGUAGCUCACUGUGACAGAUCUUCAUCUCCUUAAGACUCUUCUAGACCACACCUCUCCAUAGCUACACUCCCUGUUUAAGUCAGCCAUCCUAGACUCAAAACAAAAAAAGUCUUACUCCGAAAUAGAUGCAACAAACCUGUCCAAAGCAAUUCCAAUAACAUGUGUCCUUGAUCACCUACCUUUGGUUACCUUCUUUUGAAAAAUAUUACAGAUGUUCUGCACAUUUGGCAGCUAAAUUGCCAUGCAUCUGGCAAAAGGGUUUUUAUUUUAUUUUUCCCUUUCAACUUUUCAGCCACCCAGUACAGUAUUUCACUCUUGCUGGCUAGAAAGUAAGAAAAAACCCUUACUCUUUACUUCAUUUCCCUCAUAAUGCACUAUUUUCCACUGAACACAAAAGGUAAAUUUGCUCUCAGUGGGCAUAAAAAAUGCAUUUAAGGGUGGUUUGGGUUUUUUAAAAUGGAAAAUAAGAAAUGUGAUUUACAAAAUAAGUUAAGAGCAUUUUUGUCUUUACACCUGUAUUAGGCCACAGGUUUGUCUCCCGAAGAAAGACUUCACCUAUGCACAGUAUGGAUUUAGAAAUGACAAUUCACCAAUCUUUUCAGUGAAGCACAAUAAUCUACUAUCUUCAACAGUGGUACCUCCAGUGGUAUCACUGGGAAAACCUAGUUUAAAACACACACGAAAGAAAAAUGAUUAAAUAAUCCCACAAUGUCACUCUGAAACGUGAAGGAUCUAAAAUCCAGUGUAUUAGCAUGCUCUUACUGAGACAGACCUCUCCCUCCCUGAUUUAAGAGAGGCAUAUUAGAGCAGCAAGUUAGCCCACACUGAAAAUGGCUUCUUGAGGAUGGAGCAUUCCAAUGCUUCCAUGGUAUCAACCCUGAAGGAGGAAAAUAUUCCCUUUUAGCAGACAAGUUUGUUGCAGGGGCUGCUGAAUGCCAUGACAAAAAUGUGUCACUAUGGGGUCACCAGGCAGCAAAACAGCGACUUCCCACACAGCGGCUGGACAAAAGCAAAUGCUCAGCACCUGCAGAAUCACCACAGAAUCAUGGAACAGUCUGUGUUGAAAAAGAACCUUUAAAGACCAUCUAGUCCAACCCCCUGCAAAGGGCAGGGACACCUACACCUAGAUAGAGCUGGCUGCUGAGAGCUCUUCCAGCCUGACCCGGAAUGUUGCCAGGGAUGGGGCAUCUUCCACCUCUGAGCUAUCUGUUCUGGUGGUUCACCACACCCAUUGUGAAAAACUUCUUCCUUAUACUUUGUCUAAAUCUACCCUCCUUUAGUUUAAAGCCAUUACCUCUGUCCUAUUGCAAGAGGGCCUGCCAAGAAAAGGUUGUCCCCAUCUUUCUUAAACCUAUGAAGUUCUGCUACAUAACCCUGCCUACACAGUUUGCAGUGGUUUUGGCUGACUUUCAGCCAUAUAUCAGCUCUCUACAGUAAUACAGCGACUCUCCAGGCCUGCACACAAGCACAUUUCAUUGUCCAGCCCACACCAGGCCAAAUCAGGGUCAUUUUACCAAGAGACAGAGAGCAUCAUUAAAAUAAUUUCAUUUUCUAAGUGAAAAAUAUUGUCACUAAUGCAAACAUGGUCCAAGUAAGAAGCCAUUCCAGAUCAGAAAUUAUUAACACACAGCUGCCAUGACACAAAACAGUGGCUUAGCAGUUGUAUGCAACUCCUAAAUGCUACAGGUUUGAUUCUGACCCUGUCCUUCCUGUUUGCAGCUGAGUCAACACCAUGAUUUGUGCACUGUGACUGACCCCUGGGCUCCAAAGAAUGUUUACUUUAGGUUCUUGCAUGGUGGCCCUUGUCACCUGUUGUCUGAGUAUCUCACCAGGAAAACACUUUUAUCCUCCACCACAAACAGGGAACAGCAUUCCCCAUUUCACAAAGGAAAGCAGGAACCUACUGACAUUUAAGAAAUCUGCUUAUUAGCAGGAGCCAUGCGAGGUCCCUCCUGACUGAGCACCCUGACCACUGGGUUGCACAACAGCAUAGACAAAAUGUGCUGAAGAAGAAAUACAGAUCAGAAAGUCUCAGUUUAUGGAGUUUUCCUGGUAACCCACUGAGAAGCUAAUAAUUUAGGUAAGAGUACUGCUGCUAAUAAUUUAGGUAACAAUUUACUGCCAACAGUAUGCUCAUCAUAGUGUUUUUAUCCAAAGAAUCCAUAACCUAAACUACACCUCCUGUGCCUUGACAGUUUUUAUAAAGCUCCCAUAUAAUGUUGUCCUCUGAAGUCAAGGUUUCAAGACCUUCACUUACUUUCUCUUUUGCCAGAAAAAAUGUUUCAAAAUAACAUUGUUAAAGACAUCUAAGAAGGAAUACAACUGACAAUUUCAAGAUCUGGCUUUGGUGAAAACUGCCAUUCCUGUUGAUGAAAUGCUUUCCCAAUGUAAUGACCACACCAAAGGAUCAAAGGGCCCUGAUCAAUGGCAUUGCUGAAAGCAUUAAAAAAGGUGAUUUCUGCCAUCAUUCAACUGACACUGUCUAUAAGAGACUCAGCUUUCCAAGAUCCUGAGAUAUGUUCUUUUUCCAAAGAGGAUAUGUGAGGAAGUUUUACUUGCCCCAUGAGCCACGUGAGCUGAAGAUGAGACACUUUAUGCUUCACAUACCUACUGUAGAGGACAUUACAGAGCUCCUUUUCUUCAACAACUGUCAUCCAUUACUGUCCCAGUCUGGUCUGGAGUCGAAGAGCAGCAUGCAGGUUUAUGGAUAAACCAUGCCAGAAUACUUACAACAUACCUGUUUUGUCAUGUGUAUUUUGGACAGAAAAAGCCGCUGUAAAAAUUAAUAUAAGUUUGAUUUUUUCUAACAUAUGUCAUACAGGAUGUGGGAAACAUUUCAUAAGGUAUAAUAAUUCAUUUUGGGAGUAAUCCAGCCUCUCAAAUAUUACUGAAUUAUUAUUUUGUAA